CUGAGCUGUGGAACUGACUCAACUCUCAUUGACUUCAUAGACAUUUAUACCAUUUAUAGAGAGAGGGUAAAAUCGUUUUUGAGUGUUUGUGAUUCUCUUCUCUCUGUGUCAUCAAAGCCUCGGACCCGUCAUGGAACCACACGCUUCUUCAUGGAGACUGUCCUCCAUCCUCGUGCUGCUGUUGGCGCUCGGCCACGCUGCUGCUGUGAGCCUGAAGGAGCAGCUGUCUGACUGUCUGCAGGACAAGGACUACGAGGCGCAGCUGAAGCUGGCCAAGCACGGCCUCCCGCCCCCCACCGCCUCUCACCACGUGGUGAUAGUGGGCGCGGGCAUGGCCGGACUGACGGCCGCCAAGCUGCUGCAGGACGCGGGACACCAGGUGACCAUCCUAGAAGCCAGCGGCCGAGUGGGAGGACGCGUGGAGACCUACAGGAACGAGCAGGACGGCUGGUACGCUGAGAUGGGAGCCAUGAGGAUCCCCAGUUUCCACAGAAUUGUACGCAGGUUUGCUAAAGAGCUGGGCGUGAAGCUGAAUCGGUUCGUCAUGGAUGACCCCAACACCUUUUACCUGGUCCGCGGCGUGCUGAGACGUAACUAUGCUGUGGAAGCAAACCCCGACAUCCUGCCGUACAACCUCUCAAAGAGCGAAAGGCACAAGUCAGCCUACGAGCUGCUGCAGGACGCUUUGCAGAAGGUGAAGGACGAAGUGAGGAAACACGGCUGCAAAACUGCUUUCAAGAAAUACGAUCGCUAUUCUGUGAAGGGGUAUCUGACAGAAGAAACGAAUCUGAGCACAGAAGCUGUGAGGAUGAUUGGAGACCUGCUGAACGAGCAGAGCCUCAUGCACCUGGCGCUGACGGAGAUGAUUUACCUGGAGAGCGACGUCAGCGACAACACCACGUACGAUGAAAUAACGGGAGGCUCUGAUCUCCUCCCCAAAGCGUUCCUCACCGUCCUCAACGCCUCCAUCCUCCUCAACUCCAGGGUCAAACGCAUCAGCCAAUCGAAGAGCGGCGUCGUGGUGUCCUAUGAAACGGACGAGCAGCUGAUGGACGUGGCUGCCGACGCUGUCCUCGUGACCACCACCGCCAGAGCUGCGCUCUUCAUCGACUUCCAGCCGCCGCUCUCCAUCGGGAAAAGAGACGCUCUGAGGGGCGCCCACUACGAGAGCUCCACCAAGAUCAUCCUCACCUUCAAGGAGAGGUUCUGGGAGAAGGAAGGCAUCCGAGGGGGAAAGAGCGUCACGGACAGCCUCUCUCGCUACAUCUACUACCCCAGUCACAGUUUCCCCAAAAACAAGACCGUGGGCGUCCUCCUGGCCUCCUACACCUGGGCCGACGACGCCCUGCUGCUGCACAGUGCCAGCGACGAGGAGCUGAAGGACAAGGUCCUGGACGACCUGGCCAAGAUCCACGGCGAGCGUGUGCGGGCGCUGUGCACCGGGGUGGUGGUGAAGCGGUGGAGCUCGGACCCCUACAGCCUGGGCGCCUUCGCUCUGUUCGCUCCCUACCAGCACAUCGAGUACUCCAAGGAGCUGUUCAGGCACGAAGGCCGGGUCCACUUCGCCGGCGAGCACACGGCCUACCCCCACGCCUGGAUCGAUACGUCCAUGAAGUCAGGCAUCAAGGCUGCUCACAACAUCCACAACAUGUUGAACAGGGAGGCAGCGAGAGCUCAUCAGCGAGCAGAGCUCUAGGGUGAAAGUGCCGUCUGUGGCGACUGCGGCGACGAUCCAGCUGCAAACAGUGUGAGAAGGCGACAAACAGCUGCUUCAUAGCUCUUCAUGAUGCUGAUUUAUACCUGAAACUGGUGCUCAUGCACUGUGUCUGAUGAGGGGAGGAUGAAUUCCUGAGAGGUGUGUUUUAAAAUGUUUAAAAAUUAACUAGUAGUGGAACAUGUACUUAUACCUUAACUCACUACACAGAAGUACAAGCUUUAUGAAUCAGUGUUUUAUUUGCUUUAUUUGUCAGGGUUAAAUAAAAAUCAAACACACAGA